GUUCUAUUUUCUAACUGUUUCUUUAAAAAAGAAACUUUUUAUUUAUUCAUGAUUAAUUUUUGAGCAAACUGCAGUAAAAUUUAAUUUUAAUCAAAAUGCCGCCGGCAAAGAAUAAAGGAAAAGGCAAUGCGGAAAAAGACAAAGAAAAGGAAAAAGAAAAAAAAGGUGGAACAGCUGUAAAGGUUAGACAUAUUUUAUGUGAAAAGCAAGGAAAAUGUUUAGAAGCUUUAGGUAAAUUAAAAGAAGGAAUGAAAUUUAACGAAGUUGCUCAACAAUAUAGUGAAGAUAAGGCUAGAGCUGGUGGAGAUUUAGGAUGGAUGACAAGAGGUUCAAUGGUUGGACCAUUUCAAGAUGCUGCAUUUGCAUUACCCGUUUCAUCUUUAUCUUCCCCUGUGUUUACAGAUCCUCCUGUUAAAACAAAGUUUGGGUACCAUAUUAUAAUGGUAGAGGGAAAAAAAUAGUAAAUAAAAAAUACAAAUUGAAAUUCUUGUAAAUCAACAGAGUGAUUUGUCACAGUCCAAAUAUCUUGGCCUUCAGCAUCGGUUUGAUUGGGUAUGGAUUUUUUAUGAGACCAAAAAACAGCAUCUCUUUGAGAGGCUGGCCAUAUUCGUUUGUGAACUUGAUAAAAAAUAAGAGUGUUUUUAUCUAGUGCUUCUAUCACAGUACUAGAAUCUAAAGUAGCUAUUAAAUAAAUUAUUAUUAUUUUAAGGUAUAGAAAUUUUUCCAAGUUGUU